CAUAAAAAAGAAAAUUGAAAAAGACUCAGGAAAUGACCAGAGAUGCAGUGCAGAGCAUCCAUUAACGCAUCACAUGGGAACAUGGGGUAUCCAAAUGUGGUUGAUCAGUGCAUCCAUCCCACUCACAAGGAGUGGUUCAGUAGCCUCGCUUCCUCUGCAGACCCAGCCGCCACUCUCUACCUCUACAGUGCUUCUUCUACUUCCAACAUGCUGAGCGACAUGUCAGAUCUUGAAAACUCAAUGGUCUCCAUCAUUAACGUCUUCCACAAGUACUCAGGACACAAGUGCCACCUGAAGAAGGCUGAUCUCAAGGACCUCAUCAACAAUGAGAUGUCGCAUUUUAUGAAAAAAGUCCAGGACAGCGAGACGCUUGACCAGAUUUUCACUGACCUCGAUCAGAAUGGAGACUUAGAGAUCGACUUCCAAGAGUUCAUAGCCCUUAUCGCCAUGGUGACAUCAGCAUGCCAUGACCUCGACCGCCCUGAGCAUCGCUAAGAAUGAAGAAGUGCAUGUGUAGGAACAUAACAAAUAGUGUGAUUGUGGAAUAUAAAAAAUGUAAAAUACCAUAAAUAAAAAGGAUGUUGUACAGACUAACUUCAACAUUGUUUGGAACCAUGUAUGUAUACGAGACACAAUAAAGCUCUCAGAAGUAUUAGAUUGAAAUAAACAGUGUAAAACUAAAUAAAAAUCAAAACUAUGUCAGUUUACAACAAAAUAUGACUGCCGUUCAGUCCUG